GAGAAGAUACAGAGUAUGUUGACACUUGACACCCUGGUUCUAGAGUGAGAGACAGCUAACCAGUGUUCCCCACUCUGUGUGAUUAUAGGUAUCAUUUUCCUUUUUAAGUUCUGUCAGCCAAACUAACUUCUUCAUAAACUCUGCAUAUAAUCAUCUGAAUCUUGAAAUUGAACCCUGUCCAUUACUUUUUAUUCUCAUUCCUUCUGAAUCUUCUUUCAUGGCUUCAGAUUCUCAAACCACAACUGCAACUACAUCUGAUAAGCCAAUGGAGAACAAGGUGAUUCAAGAAGCUAAGUUGAUGGAAAAAGAGAUAGUAUUGCAGGAAACCGAGGAUGUAGUGAAAGAUAAACCGGUUUCAGAUUCAAACCUGAAGGUUACAAAGGAGGAAUCUACAGAAGAGGGGAAAGAUGAAAGUGACGAGAAGAAGGUAGCUGAGCAAGUGGAACUUAAAGAACCAACCCUUGUUCCUGAGGUUAAUACUGAAGCUGUUGAUGAGGAGAAGCAAAGAGUGGAGAGCGUUGUUGAAGAAGACAACAAGGAUAAGGAGGAGACAAAGGUGGUUGAUGUUUCAGAAUCCACAGAUGAAGCCGGAAGCAAACAGGUGGAACCAGUUGAUGUUCAACUUGUUAGAGAAGUACCUUCAGAGACUGUAGAAGACAAAAGCAAAGAUGUUGAUCUUCUUGAAGUCGAGCCUAAGCCAGAGGCUUCUGAAAAAGUUGAGACUCCUCUAGAGAAAGCAAAGGAAGUGGCACCAGAAGUUGAAGUAGUGAAGGAAGAAGAAACACCUGAAGACGUUUUAUCUCCUCCAGAUGUCAUUGAGAAGGCCAUUACUGAUGAGAAACAUUUACUGGAAGAACCAUCAAAGGAUGAACAAGAGAAAGCAAGUGAAGCCAAAGAUGUCGUAACUAAACUAGCUACAGAAGAUGAGAACAUCACAAAAGAGACUGAAACACAUGCUGCAGAAGACAAGAGCGAGGAGGCUUUGAAAGAAACUGAUGAAGAACCAAGAGAGAAGGAAACUGAAGGAAUCAAACAAGAGGAAUCAGUUGCAGAUAAAGUAUCAGAGGUUGUCGAAGUGAGCGAUGAGCUGAAACAAGAAGCAGAAGUCCCAACCAAAGAAGUUGCUGUGAAGCAAAAACAUUCAAACAGUAUUAUGUCAAAGGUGAAGCAAUCCCUUGUUAAGGCAAAGAAAGCCAUCAUUGGAAAGUCUCCAAGCUCUAAGACUAUCACAACGGAAGAAGCCAAAGAAGAAACCAAAGUCAAGUGAUAAAGAAGUCAUGGGUUCCUUAUAGUCUUUCAAGGUAUUUUAAUUUAUGUUGCUUCGUGUGAGGGAAAAAAACAGAUCAUUCUUUUUAUUUGUGUUUAUGGCUUUGUGUGGUUAUAACUUAUAUCUGUAAACCUACAAAGAUUUGGCUUUGUGUUGUGCUAUGGAUGUGUGUUUAGAAAUUUCUUCAAGUUAUUGUCAUGGAAGUAA